AUGGAGCUUGUUCAAACACGAAACACGGUGGCUGAUUUACAAAAGCUGGUAGAAGCAGCUCACGCCUCCAAAAAUGCUCACAGUCGGUCUAUGAAAUGGCAGCAAACUGUGGAUGCAGAACUCGAGGACCUCGCUUCUUUCAAAGCUCUGUAUACCUCCUUGCUGGCGGACAACACAGUGCAAGCGCGCGAGAUUAAGAUAGAACCCUCUCGGAUACAAAUUCAAUCACAAAGAGAUGUGAAGCAAGACCACCCGCGGGCAAUCUACACACCUGAUGGUGAUAGUGAACAGCAAGUGUGGAUCAACUGGGAAGACAGGGAUAUUCCAGGUAACGAUCCUGCACCAAAGUCGCUCUCAUCUCUAGAAGAACUCACCAUUCUUUUCAUGGCCCCGAAGCCAGACGAGUUCUGCACUCCGACUUGUCAAGGGUACAGUAUCUUGCAACAAGCGGAACUACCACCCCGUCCCGCUCUGAUCUUCAAGAACCCUCCCGGCUUUGAUCCACAGGUCCAGCCCGUGUCUCUCUUUCACGCGUUUACAACCCACCCGAAACCAUCUCUGGUCCAUCGGGUCGCUCUGGCCCAUAAGCUUGCCCAGAGCCUACUUUAUCUCCAUGCCGUCAACUGGCUCCACAAAGCUCUGCGCAGCUCUAACAUUCUCUUCUGCCCCUCAUCCGACGCCGCAGCUCUAGAUGUCUGCGCCCCAUACAUCACCGGCUUCGACAACUCUCGCCGCUCACGCUUCAACGAGGCCACGAGCGAGGCGCCGCGCGUGGGCCGUAUGGAGGUCUACCGGCACCCGGAGACCCAGCUUGAGGGCCCUAUGCUGCCAUAUCGCAAAACCUUCGACAUCUACAGCCUCGGCCUUGUCAUGGCCGAGAUCGCGCUGUGGCGGCCCCUCGUCGGGCGGCAUCCGGGAGCGGUGGCUCAUGUCGGAGCCUGGGCUGCUCGGAUCGCUCCAGGCGGAGGUCGGCGAGAGGUAUGCCGCGGCCGUGGAGACAUGCCUAAAAGGGCGGGACGCAUUUUGUGUCGAGCGGAGAGACCUGGAGACAAGCGCGGACACUGGGACGAGGAUCCAGCGGGAAUUUAG